AUGGCGCAUGUUGAUAUGACAAAUUGACAGCUGUGUUUUGUCCCGUACGUUAGCUGUGAUGUUUAUUUUACAUCUCCAGGCAGAUAACAACAAUAUAUAACCAUGACGAGGCCGUUCGGUAAUAACGACAAGCGUUUUUCAAUCGACGAUGCAUUUGAAGAGGAAACCGAUGAAGCCAUUAAAGUUUACGGUGCUACAGGAGACAGAUCGCCUUUACAGAACAAAUACAAGAAUGGAAAUGAAUAUUUGGCCAGCACCAAAACCUACAAAUGCACAGAGGACACGACGUCGAGAGAUUCGGACUCCCUGAUUCACGAAUAUGUGGAGGCAACGCAGUCCAUGUACUGCUGGAACCAUCCGAAGGUCCGGGAGAACUGGAAGACGGUGUGUGCAGCCGUUGUGCUGCUGCUAGUCGGAGUGGGGCUGCUCGGCAUGGGAGCCUUCGCAGUCGCCGAGCCGGAGAACGGCCUCCAAGGUGCAGUAUUCUUUGUAGCCGGCAUGAUCUGCUUCGUGCCCGGCGCCUACCACGUCGUGUACAUCUGGCUCGCCGCCCGGGGACAGAGAGGCUACGACUUCUACCACCUCCCGUUGUUUACCUGAUUUAUUUUACCUUUUAAGUUUGUGUAAGCUUGUAAAAUGAGUGUAAAUUAUACGAGGAGUCGGAAUAUCAUGUCUGGAGAUGUUUGUUUUGCGGUUUGUUUUGUUUUGCUCUCUAAAGAAGUUAAAUCGAUCCGAUGUAGGUAUUGUAGAUAAAUGAACAAAAAAACAGUAAUAAGGGUAAGUUUUAUAACUUUUAUAGCUUCUCUUGUUGACGAAAAAAUAAGAAAAAAAUAUCUAUUUCGAAAGAUGCUUCUCCUAUAAACUUUAUGAUAACAAUGUUGAAUGAAAUUGAAGAACUAUUUAUUAAAAACUAAAUUUAAAUUGUGUUAGUACGUUACGUAGAUCGUCCUCCUAAAUAAAUUAUAUUGAAAUUAAAUACUUAAUUAUAAAAACAGUACUUUCUUUGUAUCUGUAGGAUUACAUUUCCAAAUGAUACAGAGAUCUUACGGUUUUACAACUUAUGUGUAAAUAAUAACCACGUUGAAUAUUAAAAAAUGUUACAAUUUGAAAGAUUGUAUUGAACAGUUGAAAAAGAAAGAAAUGUAUUUUCUGCAAACUACUUAACUAAAUGAUAUAGUGAUAUAAUAAUUUUAAACAUAAUUAUAAUAGACUUGAAGUGCCUAGUUGCAUAGAUACGUAGUAGAGAAGAGAAUUGGGUUACAAUAGCAACUUUGUAAGGUUUUAAUCCGAGAAUUUUGUCAGUGUCCAUAAUAUUUUGGCGGUAAAAUUAUCCCAUAAAAACAGAAUGAUCCAUAGAUAAUUUUACCAGAUAUAUGUAUGCUUUUAAUUUUCCGCCAAAAUAUUGUUCUAAUUUUAAUGUUUACGAACUUUUUGUACGAAGACUUAAAUACUAAUUUGGACUUAAAGAUAGAAAUAUUAUUUUACUAUUAAUUAGGCAUUUAAAUAUUAUCCAUUUAAAAUUAAUUUCGACGCAAAAUACAAUUUUCUCCGCGUUGCCAAUGAAAAGGACGAUGAUUCAAAAUAUUUCUUUUUUAAAAGUAUGAACAACUUUUACUUUCGUAGAAACAGGAUUUAUAUUUUUAUACUUUUGAAGAGUUCACUUGACAGGAGAAAGUUAUUUAUGUUUAUUGUCGAAAUAAGAAUUAGAAUCGCGGUCUCUAGUCUCUGUGUUGCUAGAAAACUAAUUUGAUUUAUUUCAAAGUCGUUUGUGCGUGAGGUGAUUCUAGAACAGACGCGCCAAUAGCGUGUGCCCUUGACCUAUCGACGUGUAGUGAAAUCCUACAUAUUUUUUUCCUCAUACUUUUUUUAUAAGUGAUAAAGCCGCGAUCAUACUCUAUGAUUCUAAUCGACCACGGUAAACUUUCUGUUUGCAUUAUUUAUGCUUUAGCACGUUAUGCGUUGACGAUAGAAUUCAUAAUGUGGAUUAAUUGGCAAGUCCAUUGAUUUUAUAAUUGCGAAAUCUUUUAAUUAAUUGCGACAUUACCAGGUGUGGUCCAUAUUAACUGUUUCUAAUCAGUUCCGUAUCGACUUAUAUUUAAAUUGUAUUGCGAAAUAAUAUAAUUAAGAAUUUACAGGAAAAAAUAUGAAAUAAAAUGAUAUAAGAACGUCGGCGUGAGAAAAUAUUUUCAUACUUAUAUUUUUUAUGAGAAUGCACCCUCAGCUGCUGUGUUGCGGUAUAUAUUGUUUGAAAAUAAUUUUAAAUGGAUUUUAUUUUAAUAUCUAGAAACGCGUCCUACUUAUAGAGUUUCCUCAUCGAUAUGGACAUCGACUUUCUCCUAUGGUCUUUGUAUCGAUGGUUGACUUUGGCUAUUUAGAUUUUAAAAUACUUUUUACAUUUUUUUAAGAAACUGCUUGUGUGUAGUCGUGCGUCUAUUAUUUGACUAUCCACAGAGUUGGAACAAAGUCGAGUGGAACUACACGACUCUGCUUCACCUCUGUAGACAAAAGUCGUCCUAAGCUGCCUGCUAAUAGAGUACUUUUUGAAUUAAUAGUCCCGAAUUUGAACGUUAUUUUUUAUUUAAUUAGUUCUAAACAUAAAUAUCGAGUUUCGUUUCACGCGCCAAUUCGUGUUCCUUGCAUUUUCCAAAGAUAUACAAAUUAAUAAUCUCGCAAUGUUUCUUUAUUUAUUUUUUUUACAACGAAACUCGAAAUUUGCAAUGUAUAAUUUUAACAUAAAAUAAUAUGAAUUAUGCUCAUUUUUUUAAUGUUAAUUUAAGAUGUUGUUCGUAUGUGAUAUAGUGACUGAUUUUGUAUUACAUAUCAGUAUGUUUUUUUUUUUGAGGAUGCGGCGGAACUAUUGGCUUGCUAAUGGGAUUGAUGCAAUAACAUUUAGAAUUGAAAAAAAAAAACAUCUUUUUUUAGAGACAAAAGUGCAUAAAAGGAGUACCUUCUUCCUAUAGUGAAAUACCUCUCAGUUUUUACCAAAGUCAAUGAUGAAAUGCUACAGUUACCAUGACCUAUCUACAUGAUUGCUACCUACUUAAACGUUCCUUUUUUACCAUUUAGCCACUAGCGUUUUUUUUUUAUCGAACCCUUCCUUUUUACAACAAAAUGCUCUCAUUUAAAGGUAACUAAAUUGCC